AUGGCCUCUUCCAACCCCGGAAACUUCGCCAACCUGCCCAAGGACGAGCUUAGGGAGAUUGCUGCCAAGGGCGGUCAUGCAUCUCACGGCUCCAAUCACCACGACUCCUCCUCCAACGACCACCCUGGCCGCAACCCCGACGGCACCUUCACAAAGGGCUCUGAGGUUGCCAAGGAGUUGGGUGCACAAGGCGGCCAUGCCUCUCAUGGCUCGGAUGACACUGGUUCCCACGCUCACAAGGACUCUGGUCGCAACCCCGAUGGAACCUUCAAGAAGGGCAGCGAGCUUGCUUCCGAGUUGGGAGCCCAGGGUGGACAUACCUCGCACUAG